AAACUGAGGCCAACACAACUUAAAUAAUUUGCCCAAGAUCACCUAGUUCCUAAGUAUCUGAGACUCUGUGCUCCAUUCCAUGCCUCUAACAACUGGGAUGGAGGUGGAGGGAGGAAAGGAGGAACGUCACGAGUAUGGCUACAGGGUGAAUGGCAAGAUGCCUGGCUAAGGACUGUUUGAUGACUGGAAUGUGAAACUAGGGGCCGACUGGAUACAAUUGUUUAGGAACACGUGCAGGAGGCUGGAAGUGACAUCCUGGCAGGCACCCAGUUGGAACCAGGAUAAAGGGCCUCCCUGUGAAAAACCUGAAACAUUUACUGAGGAGGGUUCCCGGAGCACAUAACCAAGAGCAAUAUUGGAUUUCAUGGUUAGAGAUGGAUCAUCUUUCUUUUGUUUCUCAGUCACAUAUCACAGGCAUCUGCAACUCAGAAGUGGUGACACCUCUGAACAUAAGCCAGGGACGUGAUGCCGUGUUCAGACUAGACCAAAACAUAGGAAAUGACGCCCAGGGAAUUAUGUGGAUCUUCCUAACCCAACAGCUGAUCCUCGCCAACAUCUCUGCAGGGGAGAGCAGUCCAGACCGGAUCAAUAACAGCAAACAGUACAAUGGGAGGCUGUCUCUCCUUCUUGAUAAAUCUCUAAGGUUAAGCAAUCUGACAACUGAAGACAGUGGAUGUUAUGAAGCUGACAUAAAAUCAUCCUUGGGAGGGAUAACUACUCAGAAGUUCAUUUUAACUGUUCUUGAGAAUGAGAGUACAGACCUUACCAUGGUUUUAUGGAUUAUGGCAGCCAUCCUAGGCCUUCUUUUCCUGAUAGCAUAUUUCAUCUGUCGAAAACGACAAGGUACUCAGAGAAGAGGUGAACUACAUACAGAGGAGAAUGGACGUUCCCAGAUGGCUUCUCCUCAGACCAAUGAAGAGAGUCUGAGGAUGCUUGAUGGAACAAUCAUACAACAGCAUGUAACAGGAAUGUGGAACGGACUUGGCACACAACAGGAAAACAGCAGAGAUCAGCACAGACAGGAGCUGGGUGAUGAAGAAGGGAAAGGCACAGAAUCUAUGGACCACAGGAGAACAGCACAGAACAGCAACCUGACAACAUCAGUCAAAAAUGUGGGAUCAUGUCAAACACCUUUCUAUAAUGUUCUGGUAGUUCUCCGGAGGUCUUGGAACCAGCCUUGGUCUCAGCGGAAUAAUCACCAUGAGAAUAUUCAGGGAUAAAAUCCAAGUCUUUAUUGUCUCCUUCACAGUCUGUCUCCUUUGCCUGAGGCUGGACUAACUUUCUGGAGGGCCCUCCAGAAUGGGUCUUGGUUUCAGUGGAGGAAUGCAGGAGGCAGGAGAGUGCCUGGAGCUGAGAAGAGUGGGGUCUCUUCUCAUCUCCCGGCACUCACAAAAGAAGCAUAAUAGCUGUAGUGAACUAUACAGAGGAGAACGGACCAGUGAAGGGAUGUACACACACACACACACAUACACAGAGAGAUCAUCCAAAACAAGAAUGAGACCUAUUAGAAACAGGCAGGAAGAAGAAUAUGAUCUUGACUUUUGGUCAUAGUUUAUUCCUUUGUCUUUUCCUUCUGUCACACAGUUGCAUAAAUUCGGGGCUUAAAAAAUUGAGAGUACCCUUACCUUGAGAGCCCUUGAUGGUUUUUUGUAAGAGUGUCCUCUAACAAGAUAGUGAUAAGAUACAUUCUAGCAAUCAGAAAUUGAGCAGCAGUCCCCAAGAAAUUCUCAUCCUAACAGAGACCUUUGAUAAAGACCUUGCCCUGGUGACCAGAAAUUAAAUAAGAAAACAGAAUUAAGUCAGAAGUAACUAUUUUUGAGAGCGAUUGACACCUGGGGGUCAAAAAAUCUCUUUCUAAGUAGGAAAUGCCCAUUCUAGUCAAGGCUAUGGAAAAAACAGAUAUAUUCCCCUUUAUUGGGGAAAGUCACUUAGAGUUUUUUCCUCCAGCAUCAUGAUUCAGUGUCAGAGGGCUCUCUUGCCUUUUAAAAGAGCUAUUAUGUGGUUAAAAAAAAGCUUUUGCAUUUUAAACUAAAAGUACAAUAAUGGCAGAAUCCUGUCCUCCUUCUAUAUGAAAGAGAGAGAAGCUUAGCUGAAGAAUCUGGCUUGAGUGUAGAGCUGAAGAAGCCUUAGAUCCCAAAGUAUAAGUUCUGAUAAAAAUGCAAAAAAUAGGGGCAGCUAGUUUGUGCAGUGAAUAGAGCACCGGCCCUGAAAUCAGGAAGACCUGAGUUCAAAUCUGACCUCACAAAUUUAACAUUGUCUAGCUGUGUGACCCUGGGCAAGUCAUUUAACCUCAAUUGCCUCAGCAAAAAAAAAAAAAAAAAAAAAAAGGCAACAAAAAUAAAAGGCUAUCUUGAGCAUAUUUGAGUUUAUUGUCCUUUGUUCUUGAAGAGAAACAAAAUGACAUAUCUAUUUUAGAAUCAACUUUCAAAGGAAAAUGCAUAUUUUGUGAUAAAUGGUUUGACAGAACAUAAACAAAUGUCAUUUAUAUAGAACUUUCUAUGAGUACAGUCUUGCCACUAUAACCAUAUAAGAUGCUGAAUGAAGUCUGCACACUGCAGGAGAGCAGCAAAAAGCACAGACAAACAUAGUCUGACAACAUUGAUCAAAGAUAUGGGAUCAUGUAAAACAUUUCCAUGUUAAUUGUUUUAUGGAAGAAAACUUGAAUGAAAUUUACCACCAAAUAAGAAAUGAUAUUAUGAAAUGAAAAAGUAUAGUUUUGAUGACAUCAAAUUAAAAAGGUUUUAUGUCCCAUCCACCGGGAUCUAGUUAUGGGGUGUCGAGGAAAAUGACUUAAGACCUGCAAGAGAAAUGAGCGAGAAGGAGGAGGGAGACAACAUUGCGGUGGAAAAGUCUCAUUUAUUAAAAGGAGGUGCUUAAUUAUAUAUGAUUUGACUACCUGCGUUAUCUGGGUGGGGGGUUGCAAUGUAAAGAGAAGAAUGUCAGACCACAGGUGUGGCUGACAUCAUGGGGCAUUGUCGUUAUCUAGUUACUGGGCGGAUAUGGCCAAUUUCCUGGGACACAUAUUAUCUUGUCUCAGGAAUUUAGGACGUAUUGUUUGUUCACAAUAAGGUUUUAGCUAACCGUAUCAGAGUUUACACACAGGUAGUGACAUUCUUCUUGGCUCUUUGUUUCCUGUCUCCAACAUCUCCCCCUUCCUUAUUAUAUGCACGAUGAAUUAUGGGUUGGUGGAGGGCCUGUCUUAGGCUAUGCGAGCUGACACCACCCCUACUAGGGGCAGGCUCACAAUAAUCCUGUCAUAGGAUAAUCCUGCAGCAUAAGGCCAGCAUAUAGCAGAUCACAGAGUCGCAAUAAUCCCGUCAUGGGCUCCUCCACAGCUUUAGGCCCACUUAACUAUCCUGACAGCAUUUACGAUACCAGGGGGUGUUGAGCUCGGCCUCUAAAUUGGCAAACUGCAGAGGCUCAAAAAGUGGAUUCUGCAUUUGUUCCAAUGACUCAGAAGUAUGGAGCCUUUGAUAGAACACGUGAGUACUCUUCUGAACGGCAGCAUCCACCUGGGACUUAACAAAACAGUUAACUUAGCAAAUAGUCAAGGUCCGAAAGAAAUAAUAAGAAGAAUAGCCACAAACAAUCCCAGAAGAGUAGGAAGAAGGGUUGUCAGCCAGGGGGAGGUUGAGAACCAGUUUUGAUACCAGGAUUAAUAAUCCCAAAACUGAGUCUGCCAGGGAAAUUUUAACAAAAUAAGGGAUUCUAAAACUAAAGCAUCCAAAUUCAAUCUGAACUAGUGAGAUAGGGGGUGGGGCAAAAAUGCUUAAGGCAAAGUGAAUAGGAGCUAGGCAUUCCCAUUCUUUUUGGUAUUUUGGAAAAAUAUAUACCAGUUUCCCCAAUGUUCUAUCUCUAUCUCCCCCCCCCUUUUUUUUUCUCAUGGAAAGGAAUUAUCAAAUGACCAUUCCCCAUAUAAAUUCCGAGAGUGAAUCAAAAUCCCUAUACAUAACAGACUAAUACAGUAGCAUUUCCUAAAAAGCCCUUAAACAUAGCAGCAAUAAUUACACAAUUUUUAACAAAUCCCAUCCCAAAUCUUAAACACACAGUAAUAGAUGUUCCAGGCAAGGUUUAACAAUUAGUCAUCAACCAUUCCCAAAGUCCCUUAUAUCAGUCCAAAGUACAGUCGAUGCAGGGUCCAGUCCAUGGUCUCAUUUAAAACUGCUGCUUCAGGCUGUGAAGUGAUAGGAGGCUCUCAUUCCUUGCAGAGUGGGUGUGUGCCGUGGUGACAAUCAAAGCUGAUCCAAGCUGAUCCCGGUUGCAGAAGCAAGCCAAUAUCUGUAAUUUGACCAAAAUCUAGAGCAAAAACACAAAUCUAGCAAAUAAAGAUUAGAUCAGUCUCAGAUAGACUCAGUUCACCAGACUGUUGCAAAAUACGAGGAGGCCAAAAUAAAUUGGCCAGCAGUUUCCUAUGUGAAGAGAUGAGUUUGCUUUACAGGCCAAGCAAAUG